AUGCUCGAAGACUGGAACAACUGGAGAAAAAAUGAUAACUUGGCCGAAAAGAGUUACAUUUUUUCUUCAAUUGCUGCUAUUGCGGAAAAUAAAGGUGGUUUUAGUCAAUCACAAUGUAAACUGGUGGAACAGCUUGUGGGUUCAUUUGGGACAUUAUUCUGCGACGACAAUGAAACUGAAAUAACAAAACGCCAAUUUGAUGAGUGUGUCUGCUUUGGUGUUGCCUUUGAUACGGCGAAAAAAAAUGGUAGUGAAAUUUUGGCUCUUGUUUGUAGACUUGCGUUCUCAGACAACUCAAUAGUCCAAAAGACUCUGAUUGUGGCUGAAUUUUUUGAGAAGUGCUCUGCGGUAAACAUGAAAAAUUGGCUACUUGAAGUUCUUAAGUCUUUCAAUGCUCCAUUGCUCAAACUGGUUUUUUCAACAACAGAUGGGGCCAGUUCAAUGAUUGGGAAAGAGGGAGGCUUUUCAAAGUUGGUGUGUGACGCAAAGCUUUUGAACAUCAUUCAAAGAGAAAGGGAGGAAAAACAAAAGAAUAGUGAUUAUCAUCUUCCAUUUGAUUUAGUCACAUUCCCGUUUUUCACUGUGUAUUGUAUGUGUCAUCGAUUGAAUAUCGCGGAAGGAUUUAUGUGGGCAACAGGUGACACCGAAGUUUUUCUGUGUUUUUUAAAGUGGCUUUGCUCUGAUAUCACAAUAACUGCUUGGAAGGCAUUUUGGGGAAGAAAGAAAAUGGAUGUCGCGGCGAUUCCAACACUUUCAAACACCAGGUGGUUUUACCAUCAACUUUUGGUAAAAUUUUGCUUUGAAAAUUUUGAAAAGAUCGAAAUUUUUGUGAAGGAACUGGAACUUGAAAAUGAAAUUGUCGCAACCCUUGUCAAGCACCACAAUGAAAGUAAAGAGAAGAAGAAACAACAAGAAAAUAAGAGGAGAAAGGAAAAAAUGAACCACUCACAGGACACAACUACAUACGACUUCUACUUCUUCAUGAAUAAGGAAAGGAAAUCUUUUAAAAUAAGAGAUCCGGCCUUCCUGGCAUUCCUGGGUUUUUUCUUCUACUUACUCACUGGGGCUAAGUGCCUUUGUGAUGCUCUUCAAGAGAAGUUUGGCUUAUUUGUUGAUGAAGUAAAUAAAAUUGAUACAUACUUAGAUGACCUGAGAAAAAAGAAGGAAUUGUGCGAAAGGGGGGAUAUUUUACCAUUCAAAUCGGCUUGCAAAUAUCUUUAUUUUGAUUCCCCAUUUAUUAUAAAUAGUUGUGAACGUGUCUUGGGAAGUUAUCUGGGAGCAUUGGAGCUCCGGUUCUGCAAUUGGACCACUGUAAAGCCUGGAUCAAAAAUCGAAGAGUUGGAAGAAGUCAAAGAAGAAUUGGAUGAAUUUCAAAAUAUCGAACCGCUUUUGGAAUCCUUUCUAUUUCCAGGGAAAUUCCUUUAUGACAACAUACUGCCUCCCAAGACCUCAUUUGACCAGUUGAAUGAAGAGCUUUGUGUACUCCAAAAUCUGGUUUGGGAAAAUCAAAAGACAUUGAAAGAGGCGUUCACUGAACAGGAGAAGAAAAAUUUCACGUUAUUGGAAGCCAUACAGAUAUUUGACAAAGUCGAUUUUCCUAUUAUAUCCCAAUUGGUCAAAAUUAUGUUAUGUCUCAUCCCCACAUCUUCCUGCGUCGAAUCUGUAUUUUCUCAUUUCAAAUAUUCAAGAAAAUCCAAUAUGAAGGUGGACACGGUUAACACAAGGUUAAUUCUGAAGUUGGCGACAAACAGUGUGUCUCGAAUGGAACUUGUUUCAGACCAUUGA